AUGGCGUCUGAUGAGCUUCCUGUUCGCCCCGCUGGGUCUGCGGUCAAGGCGGUCGUUGAGGGCCCCAACUCGCUCGCUGUCGCCUUUGGCAGGGAGCUGUCUAUGGCUUCUCGCUCGGUCCACGCCGAUGACUAUAUCAACAAUCACCAGGCCGUGGCUCCCCCCAUGCACGUUUCUACCACUUUCCGAUAUAACCGGGACCCCGAACAGUUGAGACCAUGGGACAAUCUCAACCCCAAUGCCCCUUAUGACUCUCACGUGUACUCCCGAGACAGUGCACCAAACACCACCCGCUUCGAGGCCAUCCUCACCUCGCUCCUCGGAGCCCCGUCACUCAGUUAUGCAUCCGGUCUCGCCGCCUUCCACGCCAUGAUUGUCUUCCUCAACCCCAAACGUGUGGCUAUCGGCGGUGGUUAUCACGGCUGCCAUGGCAUUCUCCACAUCAUGAAGAGGCUCAACGGCCUCGAGCAGCUUGAACUGGAGGACGAUGCCGACCUUGCCAAACUCGAAAAGGGCGAUGUUAUUCACGUCGAGACACCCCUUAACCCCACGGGCGAGGCUCGCGACCUGGCUUACUACCGCAAGAUGGCCGACGAAAAGGGGUGCUAUCUCACCGUUGACGCCACCUUUGCCCCCCCCCCUCUGAUGGAGCCCUUCAAGUACAACGUCGAUAUCGUCAUGCACUCUGCCACCAAGUAUUUCGGCGGCCACUCCGACAUGCUUGCCGGUGUCCUCGCCAUCCGCCCAGACAGAGCCGAGAAGUGGCUCCCAGAGCUCAGGGAGGAGCGCCUCCACCUUGGAGGUGUGAUGGGCUCUCUUGAAGGCUGGCUUGGCGUCCGUAGUGCCCGCACUUUGGAACUGAGAGUCAAGCGCCAGAGCGAGAGCGCCCAGAAACUGGUUGACUUCCUUGCCGAGAAGAAGGCGGCCGGCGACAACAGCAACAUCAUUGCGCAGUCUGUCUUCAAGAUUCAGCACGCUUCUCAGCAGCCGGAGGCAAAGGAUGAGAACUCGUGGCUGAGGAAGCAGAUGCCCAAUGGGUUUGGGCCGGUGUUUAGCUUGUGGUUGGAGAGCGAGGAGAAGGCGAAGAGGUUGCCUAGCAAGCUGCAGUUGUUCCACCAUGCCACGAGUCUGGGUGGAGUGGAGAGUUUGAUUGAGUGGAGGGCGAUGACGGAUCCCAAGGUGGAUAGGAGGUUGUUGAGAGUUAGCAUCGGUGUGGAGGGGUGGGAGGAUUUGAGGGAUGACUUGGUGCAGGGGCUGGAGAGGUUGAAGGAGGAGGGGUUUUAGAGGGGAUGGGGGUGUAUAAAAGAAAAGGGAUAUAGGUAGAUGGAACCAAGAUGUCUUUGGUUGCUAAUUUCUUGGCCCAGCAUGGUACGUAACGGCUCGGGCAUGAUUCUUUUUUUUUAUUUUAUUUUUUUAUAAAUAUUGCAGUGUGAAAGAAGGGGAUGUUCAGCUGAGAGUAAGCGGCUACACUGCAUAGAUGACCUACGUAAGGCUGGUUGUGAUAUUCCUGUCUGCCUCAGGUGAGAUGAAGUUGCAGUACCAAGAGGAUGGAUCAGGCAAACCUCUGCGUCUGAAUGGAAGUAUCCAGUCCUGAAGCCUGCCGACUGCUUAACUUUUGUAAAGA